AACGCUUCCAGAACAACAACGCGAGGAAGGCGACGUGUCAUGCUGAAAGCAAUCGUUAAGUCCAAAAGUUGAUCAUUUGUUCAAGUACUUAGUGAAAAACUAAGAACAUGGUUUAUUGUUUUCGCUAAAACUUUUAUUGUUUCACCUUUUUUAAGAGAAACGUGUAGUUACUUUAAAGUCUUAACGGUGUAUCAUUAAAAUUAACUGUUCGUGUUUCGUUCGAUAAACGUUUAGACGGUCAUGCUAAAUUAGCCUGUUAAUGUAUGCUUUCUGCACAUAUGAUGGAGUUGGACAUUCGCGAGCAUCUAGCGAAAGCAAAGGAGAACCAAGACUUCGGAGCUCUGCAGUCCGCCUACAGUUUGAUUAAAGGCAUAAAGGCAGCUGGGGCCGGCGGACCAUUCCUACGCAUUCCCCCAGAGUUAUAUGUCAUUUGUGCGGAAAAUGCUCUGCAGCUGGGGCGUGUGGAGAUGAGCUCUGAAUGUCUAAAGAUGUACUUUGAAGGGAAUCCGCAGAGUGACCAGUUUUUGUGUCGAGCUCUCCUGUGCCAGGGCCAGCUGAAGUCUCUGCUAGCGUCUCCUGCUAGGAGUGUGGAAGAUAUUAAGGAGGCUGUGAUGUAUUUUCUGAAAGCAGUUGAAAUGUCAAAGAAAGAACCAAGUACUCACUUCUUGGUGUUCAAUACUUCAGUGCUAUACUUUCAGACAGUACGUCUUCUCCUGCAGCCGGGACGAUGUCUCCAGCUGGUCCCCUCCCUAAAGCAGGUGGUGAAAAGUUUGGAGGAGGUGGCAGACCAGGAUUACAGCUGGAGGGCAGAGCUCAUGAUACAGUUGGUUAAAUGCCUUGUGGAUUCAGGACAAAUGGAGGAUGCUGCAGGUUCGGCCAGAGUUACAGAAAACUUCAUCAAGUCACAUGCUCCACAUCUCUAUCCAAGACUUUAUACAUUACAAGUCCAACACAAUCUGUCAAAGAAUGAUGUGCUUCUUGAAACCAGCAGACAGUGUCCCACCUUCGAAGUGAUUUACAAAAUCCAACAGUUAAAGAACAGGUGGAUGGAGCUAAAUGAGAACAUUUUGACAGAGGAGAUUUCUGUGAAGUUGAAGGAGAUUUUCUCUCUCCUUGUGGAUUCUUCCGAAGUGACUGGUGCGCCUGUGAAUUCUAGCUAUCCACAGAGUCCAACACACAUCCAGCUUUGUGACAGAGUUGCUUUCCUGCUGGAGUUGGCUCUGCUGUCCUUGCAAGUGAAGCAUCAGAAAGUGGCUGCUGACUGUUUGAAACAGCUGAGGUUGGCGGGAGAGGUUAAUAUUGGCCAGCGCAUAAUAAUGGAAUGUGUCAACUGUGAAAUGAACCUUCUGAAAACAGAGGCAAAGCUGAAUGACUACUCCAAAGCCAGUGUGGAGGCUCGCCUGAAGGAGAUAGACAAGCUGGAUCAGUGGCUGCAGGUAGCAGUGAGGGAAGGGGCCCCCCAGGCUGUACAGGCUGUAUGUGUUACCCAGUGGAACUUUUGCCUGCCGCUCCUGCAGCACAACCUCAGGAAACGCAUCAAGACGCCUCUGCUCAAGUUGGCCCAAGUUCUGGAAGACAUGCAAAGUAUGUUGCUGGAGGUGCGGUGUGAAGUCUACUUAGAGCUGGCAGUAAUAGAAGAGGAAGAGGGAGAUGUGGAAGCAUCUCUGACCCACCUUCAGAAAGCCCUGCUGCUGGACAACGGGACACACCAAGAUCGCCUGUCGUCAACUUUCCAGCUCCUGCAGCUCAGACGGACCUUCUACCAAACAUCUGCCUGUCCCGAGGACAGAGCUGCUAUGCUUAUGCAGCAGGUCAGGGACAUGCCGCCACAUCAGAGUACAGACAAACGUUCCGUUCUGGUGUCUGUUGGCCUCCUUCUGGCCCCUGAUGAUUUUCAAACCCUCCUGGAUGCAGACAAAACCUGUAAAUGUACAGAUAUAUUCUCCCUGCAUUCACGUUUCAUUCCUACAGGAAGUCUUGGAUCAGAGCCAGUAGCUGACCUUGCUGCUAAGGCUAAGCAUCAUUCCAUCUGUAUGGAGAGGCUGGAUGGUUACCUGGAUAGACAAAGUAAAGACAAAGAUGAUACAACAAGAGUAAAGUUGUGGGCGACUCUAGCAAAGACGGCCAGGAAACAGAAAGUCUGGGAUGUGUGCCUGGCUGCAUGUCGAUUUUGUUUGCUUUAUGAUGAUGGGCGAUGGAAGAGUUCAGAGAAUGACAAAGAUAAACGCUCAGGAGAAAAAAGCAGCACGCAGUCUCAUCAUGACUGCAGUGGAAACCAAAAUAAUGGACACAUAUUGCGUAUUUUAGCCGAAAUUUGCUUCAUCAAUGCUGAGGCCACGGUCCAAAAGCUGUUAGAAAAGGGAGUGCAGCUUAACGGCCCAGCUGUGCCGCCACAGGAAAGGGACUGGAUCCAGGCUCUGUCUGCCUAUGCCACCUCCAGCUUCUUGCGGGGAGGAGAGCUCGGGGUGGAGAUUGAGGAGCCUUGGCUGGUAGAGAAUGCAGCCAUUUACUUGUGGAACUAUAAUAACCACCUGCUGGCUGCUGGGGAGUACGAACUCCUGCUUCCUACCUUUCAAAAUCUAGUGGAAAUGCUCCAGAGAAUGAAAACUAUAGGAAAUCGUACCCUGUGUGUAAUGCUUUGUGAUGCUGUCGCUCGCGGGCUGAUCCAGCCUCUGUCUGCAAGAGAUUGCACAAAGCCCACGGCGGCAACCGCAAGGAGUAAAAGCAGAGCAGAGAAGGGAAAAGAACAGGCUACCAGCACCCAUGAGGUCCACUUAGACCCUGCUGCCUUGCAGGAUGCACGGAAGGCAUUAGAGCUGUGCAACUCAGCUCUCUGCACAUCCAGUUGCCACAUCACUGGGGACACUGUUCCAGUUGCAGUGAGGAAACGGGUGUUAACCACAUGGGUGCAGAUUAACAGGCUCCUGCCUCAGCAGAUCGGCUCAAAGCUGGAAAUACUCAAGGAUGAGACUGAGAAUGAGGAAGUAGCAGCAAUGAAUCGUGUGCUGGUUGGACUGGAAAUGCUUCACAGCAAUAGAAAUCCAAGGCAUAUGGAGUAUUCCAUUCCCAGUCUUUCAGCACUGGCGGGCAUGGCGUCUGAAUUCAGCUGGUCCGAUGCUGUGGUGGAGUUGCAGGUGUGGUGCCAGCUGGCUGCCUUCUGUCACCACGUCAAGGACCACAGCUUGGUGUUACACUGCACCCAGAGAGCUUUGCAACUGGAGGAGGCUGCAGCAAAGAGUCUCAGUACAAUGCCGUGUCUUUUAUAUGGACAGAUGGCUGUGAAUGAGAUGCUGAGCAGUGCUGCCUGUUUGAGGGGUGUGAGCCUCGUCUACAAGUCCAGUGGAAAUCUUGACAGUUACAGGGAAGCUCUGAAAGUCUUUCUGUCCAGUGUCGGCUUUGCAGAGAAAGCUGACAGUCGAGAAUUGUGUGUCACAGCUGCUGGGCAUUUGUGGAAUGCUUGUCUGCCGCUGACACAGAGCCCUCAGGACAGAUCGUGGCUCAAGGGCCACCUGGAGAAGAUUCUUAAUGCCCUCAUUCGUACCAGCAAAAAUGACAUGUCUAAUAAACACAGCCAAAAGAACGGAUUGCUGAGCAUCAGAGAAUUACCUCCUGGGACUCCUAAGCAUGGAGCAACAAAAGAUGGCAAAGAACUAUUUCUGAGAGCAGCCAUUAACAGUUUGUUGGUCUUCAUCCACAUUGAGAAAGAAGAGUUUGCAUGUUCUCUAAGGCUGCUGGACAAAGCUAUAAGUGGUAUGCCUCCCACCAAGCAUCGGCUAGCUUUACUCAAACAUCGCAUACUGCUUAGAGCACGCCUGGGAGAAAGCAUAGAGCAUGACAUGCAGAUGUUACAAAAUGGUGGAGAGUGUUGUUCACCGAUGUGGCACCAGGCGGCUCUGUGUGCUAUCACUUUAAACCAACAGCUAACCUGCUACCAGAAUGCCAUCACAUCUCUCAGGAACACAGAGUCUCAGUGGCAGAAAGUCAGCCUUUUGUUUGAAUUUGGAGCAUGGCUGUACUGUCACAACUUCCCAACAUCUGAGGCCCAACUUCAGGUUCAGUGGGCCAUAGACAUCCUUCUACACUUAGGAUCCGAACAAGCAACAGGACCAGAUGACAGGGUGCAAAGGGAUUUAAAGACAGAGAAAGACUCCUUGGUAGGAGUCCAUGGAGAAUUCAUACAAAACCUGUCCAGUCUAAAGGAGGUGUGCAGACUUGACCAAUUAAUAGAAGCACACACUCUGCUAGCUGUCAUGUCAGACAGGAGCUCACCUGAGCAUCAGCACAACCUGCUGCAAGCCUACACCUUUGUUCUUCAGAUAUGGCAGGUUUCUGUGGCAGCAGCUUAUGAGAUUUCCAGUGAGAUGGCAAAGAUUCAGCCAAUCAGUCCUCCUCCCUCUGCUGGAUCCACAAAACGCAAAGACAAAGGCAAAGACAAGAAAGUGAUAGAUCCUGUCCUGACAGAAGAAAAACAAAACUCUGCUAAGAUGGAUUUAAGUCUUCCCACGACCCUGAUGGAAUGGGCUCGAUAUAUCUGUCCUGAGCAGACCAGGCAGAUUUUCAAAACCAGCAACACUCCCCACUGUAUCAACAAAUACAGCUUUAAAAACCAGUAUCAAAGCCUGUUUUAUCUAAGGCUGCUAGAAAAAGAGCUGCGCUCACUGUCUCUCGAACAUCUCACUCUGCCUAUACUGCACCUCGCUGAGAUUAUUGCUCAUGACCUGCUGGAGAGGAGGAGCCUCUCUGAUCUUUACAGGCUCAGAAUUGUGAGCACAUGUGCUGAGCUUGGGUUAGACUCCCAUUCAUCAUAUCAGGAGAAGCUUCAGAGUCUGAGUAAAAUCCAAGAACUCGAACAGAUUAGGUGCCACAAAGACAUGAUUAUUUCACAGGAGAGGAAAAGACUUGGCCAAAUUUAUAAUCAGAAAGCUGAACUGUGUGAACAGAUUUCUUCUGGGUGGUUAGGUAAGGAUGUGACUUCUCAAGAUAUUUGGCUGGAAAAAGCAGAGGUUUGCCUCAGCUUGGGUCUUUAUCACUCAACCAGGCAACUUCUAGCAGAGGCCCUCAUGGUGGCUAGGGAAUUUGGAGACAAGAUUGCUGAAGCAAAAAGCUUAUUAAGCCUGGCAGCUCUUGCCUGCGAGGAGCAGAAUUAUGCCAAAGCUGUGAUUCUGUUGGAUAAAGCCCAAACCCUCGGGGGGGACCAUGAUUUCUGGUACCAACUCACUCUCAUCUGGGUCACAGCUGUGGUAGGGCAGAGGGACCAAGCUUUACAAACCAAGGUUAAUCAAAUCAUCACACAAGGCUGCAAGGCUUUACAGCUGAUUGCAGGACUGCAAGUAAACAGACUUCCAGGGCUCAGAUCAAUGAUCACGUCUUUAGAAAAGAGAGGUGCAGUUGAAUCUAUUCGAGCCAUUGCUGACGCUAUGACUGCAGAGACCUUCAGCACUGAGGUUGUUCAGAGGCUAAUGGCUGCAUGUGAUACACUCAGAGUGUCUGCAGGUGUUUUCACCAAAAUGAACUGCGGACAACAGACUGCAGAGGCACAUAGAGAUUGUGCAUUCGGUCUGAGGCUUCUAGGCAGUAAGGUCACUGACAUAGAGGAGAAACAUAGAUACCUGCUCGACGGCCUCUCCCAUAUGCAGCUGGCUGUCGCGCUGCAGGAGCAUGUGGUGCUACGUGAUCAGAGGCUGUUUGCGCCUCAGGAGAGUUGCGACCUGUCGCUGAAAUCCAUUAGGAAACUUUUGCACCUGCGGUUAGGCUUGACAGAAUUUUGCCUGGAAAUUCUUGAGGAGCAUUGUGCUGAGCAGACACACCAAGCUUUGACCCGUUCAAAGAAGACAUCUACUGAAAUAGCAGUGGAAGAGUUCACAAGGAGCACACUACAGCCACACUCCACAGAAAUGGAAUGGCAGCGAACAAGCAGCACCUUGGGGCAGACAAUUCUCAGCCAGUUGGCUGCGGCCAACUUCCAAUCCUUGGACAACAUGGAGAUCAGAACUCACUGCCUGACUCUGAUGGGAAAGUACCUGAGACUGCUGGCUGUGGAGGAGGAGCCCAUGUAUGUGAGGGCUCUCUGGCACAAACACAAGCCGGAAGCCUGGUCGGAUUCUAAAGGUGUUCCCACGGCAGAGGAGAAUUCCAAGAAACACAGUGAUUCAAGCAGAAAAGAAGUGAACAUGACCUCUGACAGAAGUGCUGAGCUGCAGAGCAAAGAUAAAGCACAGCAACUGUUGGCCGAAGCAAGUAAAGCCUUGUCUGAGUCCAUCAGCUUGUGUCUGCAACACAACCUACCCUCCACCAUCUUGGCCGAGGCUUCUUUUAAUAUGUUGGAGUGUCAUGGGAAAUCUGACCCUACAGUGACUGGUCAAUACCUCGCCCUUUAUCAGAGUUGCUGCACUGUUGCUAUGGCGGCUGAAGUCCUAAGCUCUGCCUGCGCUGACACCUCUGUGUCCCAGCUCUCGGCUCUGCUCAGCUUCCACAGGAAUGUCUUGCUCUCCCAGGAAAAGAGACCCAGCAGUAUACUGAGGGGAUUGGGGGACUCCGUCCUCAACCUCUCCAAGGCCUUCAGUCAGCUGACCAUCAGUCCCAGCCACCUGAGUAUCCUUUCAGAAAUCCCUCCCAACCUGAAGAUCUUGUUGCUUCAGCACUCAAAUGAUGGCUUUGAACUCUAUGGGGGCUUCUAUGAGACAACCAAAGCUCCAGAAAAUCAAAAAGGAAAGACUACACAGCCAACAGGUCCAGUGACAUGCUCUCAGGUGGUAAAGGUUUCAGUCUGCCCACAGGCACUAGUGGCACUUAGGGAGCAGACUCAGGUUUUCGGCCUGGAGAACAAACGUUCAGUCCUGAAGGAUGAAUCCAGCCAGCUGGAGACGUCUGAGGUGCAUCAGAAGACGACAGGAGACACAGAGUUAGCACUUCACUUCAGAGAAAUUGUAGACAAGAUGGAGGACUAUCUGAAUCCACUUCUCUUACAGUUUGAUUUCUCUUUCAUCAGGUCCCAGGUUGCACUUCUAUCAGUCUCUGAGUCAAGCCAAAGCAAAAUAAAAGAAGAAAAAUGUAGCUUAGAUAAAGGUGAACAAGGAGAACAUUUGGUUGUUCUCGCUGACAGGACAUUGCUUGAGUUGCCUCUGGAAGCCUUGCCUCUCCUACAAAAGGAAGGCCUGACUUCUGUGUCUCGUGACUUUUCUCUGCAGCUUUUCUUCAGUCGUCUAAAUAGAGAAGAAACACAUAAAGCCGAAAGUGACAACAAAAAGGAGACCAAAGGUAGGAAGGGAACCAAGGGGAAAGGAGAUCAAAGCCAAGCCAUCAAAGCGGUACCUGCCAAUCAGUUGUUGCCUUCCUACACAUUCGCAGUGGACACUUUAAACCUGAAAUAUAUUGUUGACCCUUACAAGGAUGGGCAUUUUGAAGGGAUCUGUUUGAGUAAAACAUUGAAGGAGGUUUUAGAAACCCACAGACAGCACAUCCCUCAUCUCUGGCAAGGCUUUAGGAGCAGCAAAGACAGACCCAGUCUUUCAGACGUGGAGCAGAUACUGUGCAGAUGCAGUGCCUUCAUUUACAUGGGGAUGGAUCCAUUGCUGACAAAUAUACCACCUGCCAAAGUAGCAGCCCUCAAUCUAACUGAAUGCCGCAUGGCUCUGCUCUUUCACCUGGCUCAGAACCAAGUUCUCCUCCAAUCAAACAAUGAAAUUCAGAAGAGUUCAGGACAGCUCACCUUGGAGAAUCCCCUGGAGACCGCCCUGUUGUUGAGUUUGAGUGGAGUUGGCUGCAUUGUCCUCAACCAAUGGGACAGCACUUUGAAACAGACAGCAGAUAAUCUUGCUGCUGUGCUAGACAAUAUACUGAGGGUCAGACAGACCUCUGGCCAGGCCAUCCAUGCUGUGAGGGGAUGGGAGCGCGCUGAUAAGCAACAUAACAAGGUCACAGGAACAUAUGGUCCUGUGCACUCGACUCUCAACCUCGAUCAAGUUCUCAACACUGACUCAGAGGAAGACAAGGUUCAAUACACUCCAGCUCUCACCCCAAAAGCCUACAACUGCAUUCUCUAUGGCCUUCCUAACCUAAUUGCAACAUAAUAUACAGUAUCGCCUCAAUGGUUCCUCCCGCAUUUCACAGUUUAAAAUGAUUGCAAGCUCACAUACCUGAAAGAUUUGCUUUUAUUGCUUUAUGCAGUGCAGUAGAGCUCCUGUUAUGAGUGGUUUAAAAGUUUCAUUAAAGAUGAUCCUGGAUUCUUUACCUACA